AUGUACUAGUGCACGAGAUGUCAUUCACACAGUACAGGAGUUAAAGCAUGUGCCUUUAAGGUGGAUUCAUAAUUUCAAUCCAAUCGUUUUCUCCAAGCAACAUGUGGGUCUCGUGCUUUUUCUUGGUUCACCGUUGCUGCAAUCUCUCACGCUACACUUGAAAUAGGCAGCUGAUAUACAGAAAAGUAGCGUGAAGUGCAGGGGAGGGGAGGAAAGCUGAAGGGCGAGAGAGGAAGAGAAGGGCUGUGUCUUUCCGGUCUAUUUGCGCCCAAGUGCACCCUAGUGAACAACAAGCCCAGCAACCAGGAGAGACAGCAAGAGAACAAAAGUUGGACUAUGUAAGUGCACUUCAUAUGCCUAACACUCAGUCAAACCUUAGAUUAUUAACAAAGGCAAGGCCUGAAAGAAAGGGAAAUUCCGAGAGCAGUGAAGAUCAAAGCCUGACACACAAUCGUAGUCAAACCAAGAACCCCGGUACCUGAUGACGAAUACCGCUUUUCUUUUCUAGAGUGUACAUUCUUCUGCUCUAGACUUGUACAACAAACCUCCAAUACCUUUCAAGCCACAACGCUGUCGCUGACGCACCCCAGAAAGAGGAAGACAAACGUAAUCUGAGAGAUCAGCAAAACCCUUUAGGGACGGUUGACCUCUGUGACCCCUCUCACUUCUUGCCCAGUAUGGAGCGGAUACGGCUGAUCCUUGGGGCUCUGCUCCUCUCCCUCUCUCUGCCCAGUCUCCCUGCCCAAGAUAAUGUCACCGUCACUGUACCUGAGAAUGUCACCAUGGCAGCACCUAUUAAUGAGGAAGUCACGAUGGCAGCCUCUACACCGGAGGCCACCAUAGAGACAAAGCCUGUUCCUGUCACUUGGGCACAGCCUGCCCCUGAAAUCAUCACCCCGGUAACUGCUAUUCCGAAAGUAACUUCUGUUUCAGUACCUACCACUGAUGCCAUCACUAUGGUAAUAACAAACCCUGAGAUCACCAUCGUUCAGGAGUCCACCUCUGAUGCACCAACUACUACUUCAGAGGCUGAGACGAUGACACCUUCCCCUGUGACCACUGAAGGGCCUAUAGAUAUGACCACUCCACCUGGCCCUAAACCCACCCUCUCCCAAGACGUCCUUACGACCGCCUCUUAUCUCCCAACCACUUCCCAGGACCACCUGACUUCUGUUAUCCCAGUCUGGCCCCUCCUCACCACCCCUCGUCUGACGGAGGACUCCACUUACACACCUGAACCUAUCCACACUGCCUCAGAGAUUACUGCCUGCCACACAGAGGGACUUACCACUGCACCCACCUCCCCAUCGGUCAAUGCCGCUCCCGGCCAUGCCACGACCCCCGCUACCAUCCACACCUCCACAGAUCCAGACUCUACAAGUGCUGGGAUCAGGGGGAAGACAGGUCAGCCCAGCUUGUUAUGGGUCAUCAUCGUCGCUCUUCUGAUCGUGGUUAUAUUCGCGGGCGUGGUCUACUGUGUAUGUCUGGUCAUCAGACGAAAGAGGCAGAGCCACACCGCGCACUUUGUGUCCAGCUUCCGGAACGGGAAGAGUUCCAAGCGGAAGAAAGGGGCGGAGGAAGACGCCUGGGCAGGGCCAGUGAAGCUAGGGGGUGGGGACAGGAAGGAGGAUGAGGGUGGGGAGGAGGGAGGGAGCCCAGAGGACAACAAGAGAGAGGGGGCUGGAACGGAUGUGGUGCUGAGCACAUUCAUAGCCAACGAGACUGAGGGAGAGAGGGGUGGGCCUGAUGGGGGAGUAGGGGUGGCUGGGAGCAAGGAGGCAGAGAAAUGGGAGGAGAAGGAGCCUCUGCUGUACAUUGAUGAGGGAGUGGAGGAGGGGCAAGAGAGGAUGGCUCCUCCUUCACUUUCAAAAUCGAACUGA